AUGAGGCUAGGAGGGUCCAGUGGAGGGGGAGGCGGCCGGGCCGUGGGUUCCCUGCCGCGACCCGCCCUCACUCGUACCUCUUGUGUUUUGAUAGAGAAGUGGGACGCCUUCAUAAAGGAAACCGAGGACAUCAACACGCUCCGGGAGUGCGUGCAGAUCCUGUUUAACAGCAGAUAUGCGGAAGCCCUGGGCCUGGACCACAUGGUCCCCGUCCCCUACAGGAAGAUUGCCUGCGACCCAGAGGCUGUGGAGAUUGUGGGUAUCCCAGACAAGAUCCCCUUCAAGCGCCCCUGCACCUACGGGGUCCCCAAGCUGAAGCGGAUCCUGGAGGAGCGACACAGCAUCCACUUCAUCAUUAAGAGGAUGUUUGAUGAGCGAAUCUUCACAGGGAACAAGUUUACCAAAGACCCCACGAAGCUGGAGCCAGCCAGCCCGCCAGAGGAUACUUCUACAGAGAUCUCCCGUGCGUCUGUCCUCGACCUGCCCGGGACUGCUCGGUCAGACAAGAAUGGUGUCUCUGAAGACUGUGGGCCAGGAACUUCUGGGGAGCUGAGUGGGCUGAGGCCCAUUAAAAUUGAGCCAGAGGAUCUAGAUAUUAUUCAGGUCACCGUCCCAGACCCUUCACCCACCUCUGAGGAGAUGACAGACUCAAUGCCUGGGCAUCUGCCCUCAGAAGAUUCUGGUUACGGGAUGGAGAUGCUGACUGGUAAGAAAUGGGCUGGGAACCCACCUCCCUGGGGCGUAACGGGGAGAAGGAUGGGCCAGGAAGCCCCCCAGAGGAAACCCAGUGUGUGCCUGACUCCUUGUGCGGGGUAGGUUCCUCUCUGGACACCUGAAGUCGGCCUUGGUUUAUAUUAAGUCUGGCUUCUACAUCUUUCCCACGAGUCCCCGUGUGAAUUAACUUGUUCAUUUGUUCAACAACUAUUUACUGAGCACCUACUAUGUACCAGGAGGUCCUGUGCGAGGUGCUGGGGACAGAGCAGUGUACCAAACACACCAAGGUGCCUGUGUUCCCAGUGCAGCGAGACAGAGAGUAAGCAAAUCACUAGGUAAAAUAGAAAGUUAGAGGGUG